AAAAACUAAAAAGACAAAGUUGAAAAGUCAUGUCGCUGCUCUCACAAAGCCACGCGAACUCAAAACUCAAAGCGCUCUCUCUCUCUCUCUCUAUUCGUUUUCUAGCUAGCUUACUUUUUCUUUUCAGGUUUUUCUCUCAUCUUAUAAUCUGUGAUCAUUCAAAGAUUCAGAUCCGAGGUUUGAUUUUCUUAUCAGCAUUCUUGGUGUUGCUUAACUCCUAUUAAGUUCACGAUGAGUAAGAAUUGGAAAUCCGUACGAUUAAGGCUCCAGAUGCUUACUCUCAUGGUGUUGCUAGUUAUUUUGAUCUUCGAUUCGUUGGAAACUGAAAGUGUAGCGGUGCUGAAAGAUCUACAGACUGAUAGAGAUGCAGCAGAUUUGGGAACUGCUAGUUUCCACAGGAAGUUACUAGGUCGUUUCCGUAACCCCUACACGCAUUUGAGUUCCUACAAGAACCACCGCCCUGUGGCAUCUGUUACACCACCGUCAUCUUCGGUGGUUCCUUCUCAUAGGCCUAAGACCAGUAGAUCCUCAGCAUCGCAUCCACCACGGAAAAGUCCACCUGCCCUGCAUGUUUUAUCCCCUCCACCUCCUUCUGUGUCCCUUUCAAAUAUUCCUACAAUAAGUAGAAGAAGUUCUUCAAGCAAUGAAGCUCCUCUUGUGGCUGGCUGCACAGGCGGUGCUAUCCUUCUUCUUUUAGCUACUGGUGUCUUCUUUUUCAAAAGCAAGGCUGGCAAAUCUGUUAAUCCUUGGAGAACAGGUCUUAGUGGACAACUUCAGAAAGUGUUCAUAACUGGUGUCCCAAAAUUGAAAAGAUCUGAGAUAGAAGCUGCAUGUGAAGAGUUCAGUAAUGUCAUUGGGUCAUGCCCCAUUGGUACAUUGUUCAAAGGGACACUAUCAAGUGGAGUGGAGAUAGCUGUGGCUUCUGUUGCUACUGCUUCUGCCAAAGAAUGGACUAAUAACAUAGAAAUGCAGUUCAGAAAGAAGAUUGAAAUGUUAUCUAAGAUUAACCACAAGAACUUUGUCAACCUUCUUGGUUACUGUGAAGAAGAUGAACCUUUCACUAGGAUCUUAGUCUUUGAAUAUGCAUCAAACGGAUCAGUCUUUGAACAUUUACACUAUAAAGAAUCAGAACAUUUGGACUGGAUAAUGAGGCUAAGAAUAGCAAUGGGUGUAGCAUAUUGCCUUGACCAUAUGCACGGUCUCAAUCCACCUAUAGUCCACAGCAAUCUUCUCUCAUCAACACUUCACCUCACAGAGGAUUAUGCAGUCAAAAUAGCAGAUUUCAAUUUUGGCUACCUAAAAGACCCAUCCGAGCGAGAAGCCAGCACCAAUGCACUCAUAGUCACAACCGAAGGAGACAAUGUACACAGAUUCGGUUUACUUUUGUUCGAGUUGAUGACUGGUAAACUCCAAGAGUCUGUUAAAAAAGGUGACUCGUUAGAUACCGGUUUGGCUGAGUUCUUGAGAGGAAAGACACUAAGGGAGAUGGUGGAUCUGACGCUGGAAUGUUUUGAUGAUAAGAUUGAGAACAUAGGAGAAGUGAUCAAAAGCUGUGUAAGGGUAGACCCGAAAGAGAGACCGACAAUGAAGGAAGUGACAGGGAGGUUACGAGAGAUCACAGGGUUGUCACCUGAUGAUGCUAUUCCAAAAGUUUCACCUCUUUGGUGGGCAGAGCUUGAAGUGCUGUCAACUGCGUGAAAAGGAGUAGUAGUACGCUGCUUCGUAACGCAUCUGUAAGUAUUAUGAAUAUGAAGUCUGUGUGGGGGGUUUUCUGAGUCUCUUUUGAACUUGUUAAUACUCUUUAGGCCUAUAUGUAUGUAUAAAUCUAUGCUAGUCUUAUAUUAAGGACUCAAAAAUUCUGGUAAAAGGAAUUGCAGAUGAGGGUAAUAUAUAUCCCUUUUUGGUAUCAUGAUUCAUCUUGAGCAAGUACAGGUUUCACAUAACUAACAGUUCAAAUAUAUGGAUACAUUAGCCAUUUCUUGGUGUAUAAUCAAUCUAUUUCCAUAGCUGUUUUAUAAAGAGACAAGACAGCACAAUGUGAUAAUGGUCAAAACGGAAAAUAAAGCAUGACUAAGAUGUUGUAAUAGCGAAAUUAUG